UGACGUCACUUAGCGGCCCGGAAGCGCCUACACGUGUGGGUCUUCCCCCUACUCUGUUUCUUGGUCUCUCGUUGGUCCCAGAUCAUGGGCCGCUCCCGCCGGACCGGCUCGCACCGAGCACAUUCCUUAGCCCGCCAGAUGAAAGCCAAGAAGCGGCGGCCGGACCUGGAUGAGAUUCACCGCGAGCUGCGGCCGCAGGGGCUCGCGCGGCCCAAAGAGGACGCAGAGCCCGACCCGGACCUGCCAGGGGGCGGCCUGCAUCGCUGUCUGGCCUGCGCGAGGUACUUUAUCGAUUCCGCCAACUUAAAGACUCACUUCCGAUCCAAAGACCACAAGAAAAGGCUAAAGCAGCUGAGCGUCGAACCCUACAGUCAGGAAGAGGCUGAGAGGGCGGCGGGCAUGGGCUCGUAUGUACCCCCCCAGCGGCUGGGGGUGCCCACAGAAGUGUCCACUGAGAUCCCAGAGAUGGAUACAUCCACCUGAGUGACCUGAGCAUGCAGGGCAGAGACGCUUCCCACAGACAGUGGUCCAGCGGCUAGGCUGAGUGUGUGCUUUGGGUUUUGGGUUUGGGGAGAUACUCUCUUCUGGGUGUUUUACCCAAAAUAAAGGACCUGGAGAAGAGGGCGCACCUCCUCGGAUGCUAACUUGCCUUAUAGCA